CACAUCACAACCUAAUAAAAACAUCGCGUUCGAUUCACGCGCGAAAAGAAGCUCUACUAACUCAACUUUCACGGUACACACCCCGUUCCGAUUCUGGUAUCACCCCCACCGCACCACACCCACACCACACCACAACAUCAACAAUCUCAAAGUUUUUCUCCAAACUAUUCACAACUCUGUGUUCACCUCACAUCCAUCACACACACAUCACACAACACAACAACAACAACACAUAACAACCGAUCCCCCAAUUAUCACUCCCAAAUCAACGACCCCACACACACACUCUUCCAAUUUUCUCUCUCUUAAAACCCUUCUCUCCUUUCUUGCCAUGCCAGCUUCUCCUUCAGAUAAUCGAACCAAAUGGAGGAAACGGAAAAGAGAAUCACAAAUCACCAAACGUCAACAGAAACAUCAAGAGGAAGAAGAAGAAGAAGACGAAGAAAAUCCCAAUGCCGAUGAAGAAAACGAACGCGACUACGAUUCAGAGGACCAACACAACCAUAACCACUCUAAUUCUCAACCGCAACAUGAAAUCGAGAUUCUAUCUGAUCACGGUAUUCAGAUUUCGCACUUUCCCAUGGUUAUUAAGCGUGCUGUUAAUCGUCCUCAUUCUUCUGUAACUUCAAUUGUUGCUCUUGAACGAGCUAUGGAGUUGGGAGAUACCAAAGCUCAGCUUCAGAAUCAGAAUCCUCCGUUUCUGGAGAAUAUUUCUCAUGGACAGCUUCAAGCGUUAUCGUUUGUUCCUUCUGAUAGUCUCUCUUUGGAUCAGGAUCGUGCUGAUUCCUCUUAUGUUAUCACUCCACCACCUAUUUUGGAAGGCCGCGGCGUUGUUAAGCGAUUUGGAAGUAGGGUUCUUGUGCUUCCAAUGCAUUCAGAUUGGUUUUCACCUGGAACUGUGCAUCGGUUAGAGAGACAAGCAGUGCCACAUUUCUUUUCAGGGAAAACAAAGGAUCUUAGUCCUGAAAAGUACAUGGAAUGUAGGAACUAUAUUGUUGCAUUAUAUAUGGAGGAGCCGCGGAAAAGGAUUACUGCUUCUGAUUGCCAGGGAUUGCAGGUUGGUGUUGAUCAUGAAGAUUUGUCUCGAAUUGUACGGUUUCUUGACCACUGGGGCAUUAUCAAUUACUGUGCCCGGGUGCCAAGUCAUGAGCCUCCAAAUGCUGUGUCAUGCUUGAAGGAGGAUACUGGUGGAGAGCUUCAUGUGCCAUCAGAGGCCUUGAAGUCUAUAGAUAGUUUGAUCAAAUUUGAUAAGCCUAACUGUAAGCUCAAAGCAGAAGAAGUUUAUUCACCACCGACAACAAAUAGCUCGGAUGUCCCUGAUCUGGAUGGCAGAAUAAGAGAGCAUCUGUCUGAUAAUCAUUGCAAUUAUUGUUCUUGUCCUCUUCCUGCUGUAUACUAUCAGUCUCAAAAGGAGGUGGAUAUUUUACUUUGCACUGAUUGCUUUCAUGAUGGGAAAUUUGUCGUUGGUCAUUCAAGUAUAGAUUUUAUAAGGGUGGACUCAACAAGGGAUUAUGGUGAAUUAGAUGGGGAAAGUUGGACUGAUCAAGAGACCUUGUUACUGCUUGAAGCAGUGGAGAUUUACCAUGAGAAUUGGAAUGAAAUAGCUGACCAUGUUGGUACCAAGUCAAAAGCACAAUGCAUUCUUCAUUUUCUUCGUCUACCCAUGGAAGACGGGAAAUUGGAAAAUAUCAAUGUUCCAAGCAUGUCCUCCGUGUCAUCCAAUGUGAUGAGUAGAGAUGAUAAUGGAAGAUCACAUCAUUACUCAAACGGAGAUUCUGCAGGACCUGUCCAUCAAAUCAGAGAUUCUGACAGCCGCCUGCCUUUUGCUAACUCUGGAAAUCCAGUUAUGGCUCUGGUUGCCUUUUUAGCAUCUGCGGUUGGACCAAGAGUAGCAGCUUCUUGUGCUCACGCAGCAUUAUCAGUACUGUCAGAGGAUAACACUGGCUCCCAGACGGAAGCAUCAGGACAUGAUAAUAGGACAAAUCCAGAAAACAUACAUUGUAGAGAUGGUGGCUCUCGUGGAGAAACUGCAAUUUCAAAUAAUCAUAAUGAGGAUAAGGCAAAAGCACCUUGUUCGCGGGAUCAAAGUGAGGGUAGGACAACCCCACUUUCUACUGAAAAAGUUAAAGAUGCAGCUAAAGCAGGUCUCUCUGCUGCAGCUAUGAAAGCUAAAUUAUUUGCUGAUCACGAAGAACGAGAAAUUCAGAGAUUGUGUGCUAAUAUAAUUAAUCAUCAGUUGAAAAGAUUGGAAUUGAAGCUGAAACAGUUUGCAGAAAUUGAAACAUUGUUGAUGAAGGAAUGCGAGCAAGUGGAAAGAGCAAAACAGAGGUUUGCUGCUGAGCGUACCCGCGUUAUAUCAGCACGUUUUGGAGCUGCAGGAACCAUGCCCGCAAUGAAUGCAUCAGGCGUUGGUCCUUCAAUGUCUAGUAAUGGCAAUAAUAGGCCACAAAUGAUCUCUGCUUCUCCCUCACAGCCCAGCAUCUCAGGGUUUGGCAACAACCAACAAGUUCAUCCACACAUGUCCUUUGCCCCAAGACCUUCAAUGUUUGGGUUGGGUCAAAGGUUACCCCUAUCUAUGAUACAACAAUCACAAUCAGGUUCUUCAGCUCCCAUGUUCAAUGCCCCUAGUAAUGUGCAACCCGGUACCAGUCAUCCAUUGUUGAGGCCCGUGUCUGGAACUAAUUCUGGUUUAGGAUAAUUAGGGGAGUAGAUGUUAAAGUUUUAGAAUUUUAAUGGUGCAAUUUUCUUUGGUCAUUGAUUUCAGAAGUGAAGAGAUCGGGUGGAUGUGCCAAGAGAGUUAUUUAGCAUAUUUAUUGAGCCUGUAAUUGGUUGCGGUUGAUUGUGAAACUAUUGUUUAAAGGAAAUAAGUAGCAUUUGAUAUUUUAUAGUUUUAGUUUUCUAUCCUGUUGACUAUAGGUAUGAUGAAAAUUUAUUGUCUUAAGUGUCACAAAUCUUGUGUUUAGUUAGAUUGCAUAUAAAACCAACUACUUGGAUGAAAAAUGACAAGGCUAUGGGGACUUGUCUCUCCAUGCUACCUGUGCUGUUGUAAAGUUAUAGUUCGCAAUGCUUGUGGUUAUUAUGUUUCUA